AUGAGAAGGGUUCUAAGGCCUAUCGUGCUUAUGAUCCUAUCUCUGCUGAGCAGCUGGGUGACAUACUUACAAAGCCACUUGGAAGGCCAACUGAGCCAAACAGGCGCCACGUCGCCACCGAACUGCCUAGCGACCCGAGCGCCCCCCGCCCGCGCCCCGGCGGCCACUCACUCCACUGCCUGCGCGGCCACAGCCAACAGCAAGCGAGAAGAGAGAGCGGCGCAGCCAAGCCCAAGAAGCGACAUGGAUGCGGGCGGCGCGCUGGCGCCCGUGCUCCUCGCGGCCCUCUCCCUGCCGUGCGUCGUCGUCCUCCUCCUCCUCGCGCUCGGCAAGGCGGGCCUCCGCGUCGCGGCGGCCGCGGCCGCGCUCUGCGGGGCCAGGGGAAGGGGCGGGCACGCCUGGCCCACGCGCCCCGGCGGCGCUUCGGCCUACCACCCGGCCUCGGUGUUCCGCGACGACGACGAGCCGCCGCUGCCGCUCGAGUGCUGCGACCGCCUCGCCGUCGCGGUGUACCGGCGCGGCCAGCAGGGGCGGGCCGACGGCCCCGACCCGGAGUGCGUGUUCUGCCUGUCCGCGGUCGGCGACGGCGAGGAGGUGCGCGAGCUGCAGUGCCGCCACGUGUUCCACCGCGGCUGCCUCGACGCCUGGCUCGUCCGCCCGCGCGCCACCUGCCCGCUCUGCCGCGACCGCCUCCUCCCCGCGGACACACCCCGCCCCGCCCGCAGCGCCGACGCCGACACCACCGUCCACGGCUUCGAUUUCGGCGUCCACGGCGGCGGCUCGCUCUCCUCGUCCGUCCACGCCCACGGCGGCGCGCUCUGGCACAUGACGUGAACACAUCCCCUGCCUUCUUUUUGGUUGUUAUUACUUGUAGCUAAUCCAUGGUCCUCUUACGAUCGAGCUACUGCUAGCUCUGCUCGAUCGAUGGAUCAUCCGUCUCUUGUCCGACCGACGGUGCAUGCAGCUCUGUACUCUGUAGUGACCUGUAUCCCUCCUGGUAAAUACACCAGUCUUGCUGUUGCCGUGUCGUC